GGGUAUUAUUUUAAAUUACCUUGUUGAUCAUGAAACGAUAAAUAUGGAAAGUGACGAUUUGAAUAAAAUUUUGUCUCUCCUUAUUCCUGUGUUUGAAGCAGCAAGGCUUAAGAAUGAAACUCUACACAAGAUAAAUGAAUCUUUAUAUUUGAAAGGAUACACUGUUACAGACAAUAAACUGUAUGCAAAUAGAAAAACACAAAACAUCUCUUGUCGGGAACUGUUCAACGCAUUUCAACUAAACGAAGGGUUUUGCCUCGUUUUCAGGAAUUCGUUAGCCGAUGCUGGUGAAGUGAAGCUUGCCCAGAUUGUAGCACGAUGUUUUGCCCCAGUACAAAAUGAACCAUUGCUAUGGGUUCUACGUUCUUUGGAAGAUUUAUUGAACAGAAGGCAAGAAAUAAAAAAAGUGAAUUGGAUGUUGGCAAAAAGUGAAAUUGAUUUCAGCAAAGAUGACUGGUUAGUAAGUCUUGUAUAUCACAUUGCAUCAGCUGAGUCCGAUUCAAAAGUUAUUUCAACUCACAUUGGACUUCUGCAAAACAUGAUCAGUGGAAAUGAGAGUACAACUACAUCAUUACUCAGCUCUGUUUCUGGUUUCUCGUUCAUGGAACAUAAUGAGCUUGGAUCUGUUGCCAUGAUGCCUGGUGCAAGUAUACUACAACGGUCAGAACAACAACAUUCACAGCAACAUCAAUUGUCUACACAGGCAUCUAUUGUGGGAAAGGAAUUGAUCGUUUUAUUAGAACCAAUGCUUCGUGAUUGUUUGAAACAAACUGAAAUUGUAAAGUUGGCUCAGGCACUAAAGAAAUCUGGAAAUAUUUCAAAGAAAUUAUAUGAAAAAGUCAAAGCGAAACAUGCGAAUGUGGAAAACAUGUUAGUUGACUUUAUGAAACAAAACAAAAGUACCUGGAUGAAAGAUUUUCUGAAAGCUGUUCAACGUUGUGGUUCUUCAUGUGCAAAUGAGUUGCAAGAAGUUGUUUCCCAACUUUUUACUGGUGACUUAAAUGUACAAUGGUUGCUUGGAAAUUGGGAGGAUAUGAAAAGAAAUGAAGUGAUUGUCAUAGAUGAAGCAGCAAUUUAUAUUAAGAGUUUGACAAAGGACAUAAUGAAUUCUGCAAGCAUUGACUGGUUAUUGAACAUUGUCAAUGUUGCAAGUCAUUCACCUCACUGUGAGCAGUUUGUUACAUCAGUGAAAAACAAACUUUCCCCGUCAACUGGUUCUUCAUCUCCAUCUGAAAGUGGAAGUGAAUCCGAAUCUGAUAACUCAAAAAUGGAAACUGAGGGAGUGGAAAGUUCUAAGCAAGAUUAUGAUGAAUCUAAACAAGAUGUAGAGAAUAUGGAGAUUGAACAACAUCAAGUGGGGUCUUUUGACUUUCCAGACACAGAACCUUUAAUGGGCCAACAGGAACAAGAUCCAAAUACCUUCUCUCAACCGGAACCAAACUGUGUGCUUGUUGGUGAAGAAACAGAAACAAAUGACAUUAAAAAAGAGGAUUUAUCAAAAGAUAAUUCGAAUGGAUUUGAAGUGAUCACAAUUGAAGAAGUAAACACAGCAACCAGCCAACCAGUGAUUGAUGACGAUGAUGAUUUAUAUCAACCUGCCGUUCCUGCCUCUUGCCCAAAGGAAAAGAAUUAUGAUAACGUGGCCAUGGAUGUUAGGCCACAAAUUCAACAAUUACCACCCAAUGUCAGCACCACAUCCAGUAUAAGUUCAACAACUGCAAGUGUUAAACUUGCAAGUGACUCCAUGUUGCCACCAAGUGGUGGAGAUUCUUUAAAAAAUGAACAAAAAUUAACUGAGAUUACAAACUUAACCCCUGAUGUCAGCACAACCAGCAUUUUAACAACUUCAAGUGAUAUACUUGCAACUGAUGUCUCGGCACCAAAUAGUGGUGAUUCUUUGGAAAAAGGACAACAAUUAUCUGAGGAGAAACAACCAAGGGAAAAUAUUGCAUAUAUUGAUGAUGAGGCUGCAAAAGGAGAUGGUAUUGAAGUGGAUCUACAUCCAGAAACAAUCAACAUGUCAAAACCAGAGUCAAACUCAACAGAAUUAUCUCCACCAUCACCAAAGCAGAAAAUGAAGCCUGGAAAAAUGAAAACAUCCGUUUCAAAGCCAAAUGUUGAAGCACCAUAUUCACAUACCAGCAGAACUAAACACUCCGCUAUAACCAAAGAGUAUGUAUCAGAUAAGAGAUCUCAAAAUACUUCAACUAACAAGGCACCCGAUUUACCAACAGACAAACCCACUCGUUCUGCUGAGGCAAGCAAGCAUGCAAAAAAAACAAAGAAACUUGAUAAUUCUGAUCAGAAAGAGAAAGAUAAUCAAACAAAAAAGAACAACCAGCAACCUUCUACAAAGAACCUUAACAAGAAUUUGCCGUCUGCAAGUGACAGUAAAAGUAAAUUGGAUGGAAGCAAACCAGAUGGUCAACAAACAUAUGCUGGGGUGUUAAAAGAUGUACCAGAUGAUACGUUAAUGCAAAAUUCCAUCAUGUCUCUUUCAUCUCUUCAACUUGAUUCUCCAGUGAAGAAAAGUGGUUUCAGCAUGGAGAAAUACAUGAGUGAACGAAAAGCUGCUGUUAAAUCAUCUAAAUGUAUGAUGGAGUUUCAAGCAAAGUUUCUUGGUGGGUUUACAUUACCUGAUGGAUGGACGUUGUUCUUGUUUAUGAAUGAAUGCUAUUAUCCAAUGCACUACAAUGAUGUUUCAAACAUGUUUGAGUUUGCACAAUUGAUAUCAGUCGAUCAAUAUGAAGUUGUGUACAAAUAUAUUAUUUUGAAAGGAGAAAAAUACAAAUGGGAAAAUGUACCUAUUACGGGAAUUUACAACCGUAUAUUGGAGUUAUACAAUCGUAAACGAGAAAGUGGACACAUCGUACAAUAUGAUUUGGUUGUUAUGGAUGAAAUGUCAUUUGAAGAUUAUGAAAAAUUGUAUCAACAAAAUAUUUGGAAACUUUUGCCAACUUUUCAAACACUUCAACUUGCAACAUCGGGAAAUGAAGAAAGAGGUUUCCCCGUGGAAUAUUUGAUUAAACUUUAUAUUGAUUGGUUCAGAUGUGUUUCUAAGGACGUUAGCUUCAAGGAGAACAAAUCAUACUACAAAAGAUAUGUUCAGUUAGGGAAAUCAAAGAAUGAUGCUGUUGGUCAAUUUGUUGCAAAUGAAAUUGCAAGCCAUUCAACAGAAAAAUGCAAACGGGUUCUUGGUUUUCUCUGUUUUGCUUUAUCUUUGCAACAUUCUUAUUUGAAAUUGGACCAAUUCUCACUUGUGGUUGACUUCUGUGCUGGAUUGAGUAUUCAUGAUUUAGAUAAAACUCAACAAAAAAUAGUUUUUGGGGAGCUAACAAGUCUGUCUACUACUUUUGAGAACUCACAAAGAAGUACAAGGUCAUCAGAUAGUGUGACUUUGCAUGACAUAGGCAGUUUUAUUGAAAAUCUGUGCAUAACACCACAAUGCUUGUUGGUUCUUCCACUUUAUCAGCUUCUAAAAUCACCCAACAUGGAAAGUAACAGACCUACGUUUCCAAAUAAUGUUCGAUGGAGUGAUCUCAUAGAUAAGUUUCGACUAAAGGAACACCAGAGAUAUGUUAAACAAAUGGCACAGAAGAUACUAUCACUGUCAGCCAGAUUUCCAUGGAUAGUAACCAUGUACCAAGAAAUCACAAGCUUGUCAACAGUCACGGAACUUUUGCUAACAAAACAAUGGGAUCAACUUUUUGAUUUCAACUCGGUUUUUAAUAAACUCUGCUUUCUGUGGAAUGAAAUUCAACGAGGGAAAAAGGACAUAACAGAGAAGAUGGUGUUUACUUUGUGUGACUGGCUAUCACAGAAGUUAAUAGAUAAAGAACAAUCCAUCAACAAAGAGUCAUUUAAUGACAGUCAGUUAAAACAGUGCUUGGAAAUGUUAACCAGAGUUCCAAAACUCGUCAAGUGCUUUCCUAGUUAUGUUAUUAAACCUAAUUACCAAGUUGGACCACUUUGCUUAACACUGACAAUGCUUGAUCAUGCUUUACAAUAUGCUGUGGAAAUUCAGAAGUUGGAUCAAAGUGAUCAGAUGAAAGCUAAAGUUUAUGCAUGUGAAGAUGCUCUAAUCACAAUGGUUUUACGAUUGUUUGAGAUUAUGGAAUUACAUACAUUGGAUUUUAACGCUAUUACGGUAUGGAAUGCACUCUCAGAUUUCAAGUGGUCAAAUAAAGAAUUUAAACAGAACUGGUUCAAUCAGUGUUUGCUGGGUAUGAAAAUUACUGUACAAAAGACAUUUUCUUCAGGAACACAACGUUUGUUGGAAUUUUAUUCUCAAAACCUUGAGAAUUUAAAACCGAAUCAACACGUUCAAGGAAUCUUCACUGAGCUUGUAAUCCAAUAUGUGGAAAAAGACCUUGCGAACGCAGGAAUGGGCCUCCAAUAUAUCUUAAACCACUUCCGCCCCGCACUUUUGGUUGUUUGCAUGAAGAUAUUUAAAAAUCAGUGGAAGAUGGUGCUGGGUAACAAAUCUCCUUAUCAAGAAACGGAAGAUGUAUUUCUGAGCUUUCUAGAAUGGAAAGCAACUGCAGUGUUUUACCGGAUUUUAAGUGCUAACAGAAAAAAUGUGAAAAACAGUAUUAGAAAAAUAUUGAUCACCAUUGAAAGCUCUGUCAGGAAAAUUGUAGAGAAACUUCAAACUGGAGAAAUUCCAUCAAAAAGAAUAAGGCAUUUGCAUCAAGUCAAGGAGAUUUUUUUGGAAUGUUACAAUUUGAUAAUUUACCAUGAUCAAGGUUCCGGGGUUGACAAAAUUGAAUUUACACUGGCUGACUUAAUCGAGUUUCGAUUUACCCAGUUGCAAUAUUUCUAUCAAGUUCGAGUAGCAGUUGGCAAUUUUGUGGAUUUUUUCAAACUGCUUGAAAAAGAUGGAAUUCUGGUUGAUGUGUCAAUUCUGGACAAACAAUGUCAAAUUCACAUGUCUUAUUUUCCACUGUCACGCCUUGUGAAAUGUAGAAAAUUAAAUUUGAUUGAUCAUGUGGAUCUUACUACAGAGACAAAAGUUGUGUUCUUUGGCAUUACUGAUGAAGAAGUUGCUCUGAUGCAACUUAUGACAAAUACAAAGAUCAUGUCAAGCAAGUUUUUUCAUCACAUAUUGAAUGAAAUAUGCGCGCAAAUAGUUGCACAACAUGCUGGUACUGAGGAUGAACCCAAAGUUGAGUUCACUGUACAGCAAGCAAUCAAUCAAAUAUGGGAACCAGUCAAGCAACAACUUCUUCAAAUUGUCACCCAUAUUAAUAACGGAACCCUUCCACUAACUGUAAUGGAUGCAAUCAUGGGAGUUUUGUUGCUGGAUUACUCCAGAGAGUCCUUUGAGAAAUUUAAGCAAGAAAUUGAUGCUCUGUUUAAGUUCCACAACAUUGAUGCAGGAGUGUCCGGAACACAACCAGCAACAAAUUUUAUACAGAGAAUUUCUCAGAUUCGUAAUUACUUGACUUUAAAACAGAACAGGAGAAAUGCUGUGAUUUUGAAUGACAUUAAAACUAAACUGAACUUGGUUGGAGAAUUUAACGAAUUAAAUAUUUCACUGAAAACUUUGGGAGACAACAAACAGUCAGUGUUGAAUUCAAUCACCGAACGUGUCACUAAAAUAACAAGUUCAAUUCAAAAGAUCAAUCCUGAAUUGUUGUUGAUCUUGGAAAAGUUUUUGAAAUGGGAUCAACUUAUUGACUGGCUGAGGGAACACAUGAAAAAUCUUGGUGAAGUAAAAGUCAUGAGUGAUCUUGCCAUGAUAUCAGCUGGUGAAACUCCCAUUGAGGUUGAUCGCGUCUCCUGCUUCCUCAGUUCUGUCAUCGGAUUCUCUCCUCUUCUAUUUGAUCUUCCCCAACAAGCUGGAUUGAGGAAGCUUCUGGCAGCUUGUGAGAUGGUGUGGAAUAAUGUACAAAGAGAUGAAGGAUUGCUUAAGAAAUGGGAAGAAACAGCAAAGCAUUUGGAGUGGUUGAAAACUGUAAAGGAUUUCCAUGGAUCAGUUGAAAAGUCGUCAUUGACCAGAGCCCAGCAAAUAAACGAGCGUGGACUUUACAGGAUAGGUGGAGAAACAGAACAAAUUCCUUCACUUGAUAAUUGCCUUGAACUUGUUAUACCAAAAUACAGAAAAGAUGAAAAGGAAAUUGAUGAAAUACGCAUGUCACUGAGUGAACUUCGUGAUCUACAAUCACGAUUGAUGUUAAUUGCUGGUGAAGCAGAAAAAGGGAAACAAGAUGUUUCAAUGUUUGUUGAUGUUCUAUCCAAUGUUGAAAACCUUGCUAAAGCUUAUAUCCAACUUAAGACAUCAGGAUGUCUGCUGUUCAGCAAAUGGAAGGCAAAUGUGAGGUGUUUUGGAGGAAGAGAAAACCAUGCAGUAAGUAUUGAAGUAUUUUUUGAUGAAACAAGUUCAGCAAUAUCCAGCAGUGAGGAUGUCAUGCUUGGAACGACAAGUUUAACAAAGGUUCUUCAUGAAGCUCAUGACACAUGGACAACUUAUCUAAGUGAACAGAGAAGUCAACAUUAUCAACUUAACUACUUCAACAUACAUCAGCUAACUUAUCUGUGUAAAGAACUUGCAAACAGCGCUGAUAUCAACGACUUUCCUGAUCAAGUCUAUGCUCUGCUUACAUCGGUGAAAAAGGAAACUAAUUUUGACGAGUUGAUUGAUCUUCUUGAUGAUGCAACAAGAGUUGAGAACGAGGAUCAUGAAAUGUCAAUUGUUGAAGAUAACGUCAAUGUUUCAAAGGCUCAGAAAAAGAAGAAAUUGGUAAGACGACUCGUUGACAUGGAAAUCACGCAAAACAUUGCGAAAGCUGCAGUUCAGUCAGUGAGAAACUUAGAUUUAGAUGAAUGUUAUUUAUGGGCGCUUGAAAAUGAAUUUGAAGAUGAUUCGGUUCUUGAUUUAGCUCGACAAUUUGAUGAGGAAGCUGGGUUUGAAACAAACGGAAAUCGCAUCAAUGUCGUUCAAAGUGUUGUGAAUGAUCGGUCAACUUUAUCACUUGAAGAAGUUAUUCAGAGAAUCCAAGAAGAUUUAGAUCAAACAGAAAAUGAAGACAACGUUGGGACAACAGUAAAAACUGUGUGUGAACGUUACCUUAGUGGAACAGCGGUGACAUCUAUGAACAACUGCAUGAGUGUGGAACACAUGGGAAAAUUCCUUUCAAUGUUGAGUGAAACUACACAACAAGCAUCUAUACUUGAUCGUGUUCUACCCGAACAUUUAAACGUUGGACAACCAAAUCUUCUCAUUUGUCCGUCAGCUGAAAUGUGGAGAACCCUUCUUUCUAUAUAUACUUACUCUCCACUGUUGGCUCUUCCUUCAUCAAAUGAAGUUCUCAUUUGCUCUGACUCCACCACAGCAGAGGAAGUGGAACUCUUGCUCAGGAGAGCAAUCCAAGAUUCUGGUUUUAACAAUCAACUGAUUUACUGCUUGGGAUGUGCUGAUCAAUUAACCUUCAACGUAUCUCGAGAAACUGAACGCUUGUUCCAGAUGUUGGUUCAACAACCUGAUAGAAACCAACAAUACAGACUUGUGAUUCUGACAAGCACCUGCAACAUUAUAACUUCAUGUUUUGAUGAGAAUCAAGUGGAAUCAAAGUUUCCAUCUCUUCCAAUCAAGAUUGAGGAAUAUGUGAAGAAACAUUUGGUCGUUGGGAAUGAAGUUGAAACUGCUUCAACUGUUGAUACAGAUCACAGCUCUGUUAGAGUUGUGUUUGCUGAGCAGGCAGGAAUGGGUAAAUCUUUGUAUGUGGCUCGCCGUCGAUCUGACCUGGAAAAAAAAUUUCAUGGCGAGGUUUACUGGAACUCAACCACAAUUCGAUUCCUUGAAAAAUCUGUCAACAUUGAUGAUGUGGUAAUGUCUUUGUUGGAAUCAGAGGAAGAAGUUUGCAACAAGGAACCUCACUUUGUUCACAUUGACAUCACACCUUCGGUUCAAAGCGGUGUUCAAAAGUUCCUGUUUGAUUUGAUUAUUCUCGGCAAAAUCACAAGCAGUCUUGGGAGAGUAUGGCGUCAUCAUCCACAACAUUUCUAUGUUAUAGAAUACACUAUACCACGUGCCAGGGGUUCAAUUUCUUACGCCAACAUUCUUCGUCUACUACCCUCUGUAACUUGCUUGACCCCAAUGCAAGUCAAAGGUCAUCUAGAAAACAAAACAGAACAAAGAGAGCUGGAAAACCUUGUCAUGAUUGACAAUGAGCUUCUUAUGAGCCCCACCUACCAACGACCUUACCAAUAUUUGUACAAAUAUUCACACCAAGAAGAUUUAGACAACUUCGUUUACCAUCAACCAAAGAACAACCCUCUGGAGUUUCUUGAAACUCUGUUGAAGUUUUGCAGCAUUGAGGAGCCGUCAUGGCUUGAACUAAGCCAUUUCUGUCGCUUCUUAAACACCCAGUUAAAUGAUUGUGAAAAAUCGGAUUUCUGCAUUGCUGAAGCUGUUGGGCCAACUCUCAACUUUGAUGCUGGUUUGGCAGGGUUUAAAAAGUUUGUGGUUCGCUUUAUGAUCAGGAUGUCCCAGGAUUUUGCCACACCUUCAUUAUCAGACAAACAUCAAGUCGGAAAUCAAGAAAAUGAUUUGUUGGAGCUUCACCAACUUAGAAGAAGAUGGGAAAACAAUCUACAUCCAUACAUGUUCUUUAAUGAUGACAGAUUCUCAAUGUCAUUUGUUCAUUUUAACAUCAACAACAGAGGUGAUUUGUGUCAUCCUGUAACAUAUGAAACUAUUCAAGCAGGUAUCAUGACUAACUUGCUCUUCCGUGGAUUGCGCAUACAAGGGGUCAACCUCAGCCAGAAUUUUGACCUGGUAUCCCGUGAAGACAAACUUGCAACAUUAUGCAAUGUUUUUGGGGUGAAAAAAGUGAUUGAUCCGGAUCCAACAUACGAACUGACCACUGACAAUGUUCUGAAGAUGCUGGCAAUACAUAUGAGAUUCAGAUGUGGAAUUCCUGUGGUUAUCAUGGGGGAGACAGGAUGUGGGAAGACAAGGAUGGUUGAAUUCAUGAGCAAAUUGAAGUCUGGGGAAGUGAGCAAAGAAAGAAAGGUGAAGAACAUGGUGGUUGUGAAAGUUCAUGGUGGGGUCACAGUGGGAAUUAUCCAAGAGAAAGUUAGAGAAGCUAUUACCCUGGCACAAAAGAAUAAAGAAGAAGGGAAUCUUGAAACUGUUCUCUUUCUUGAUGAAGCUAACACAACGGAAGCUAUUUAUGCAAUCAAAGAAGUUGUUUGUGAUGGAACAGUACAUGGAAAGUCAUUUGUAGACACAGGGUUAAAGAUUGUUGCAGCAUGUAAUCCCUAUAAAAAGCACUCUGAUGAAAUGAUUGCAGCCAUGGAAAAGUCAGGUCUUGGAUUUCAUGUCAAAUCACAAGACACUGCAGAAACUUUUGCGGGAAUACCUUUGCGUCACUUGGUUUAUAGAGUCACAUCAUUGCCACCAAGUAUGCUACCACUUGUGUGGGACUUUGGACAACUCAAUGCAGAAACUGAAGAGAUUUACAUCAACCAAAUGGUGAUUAAGUUACAAAAUGAUGUGGAAAAUAUGGAGUUGAAAGAUCUGAGUGAAAACAUGUUAGCGAUCAUUACUAAAGCUCUUACCAGAUCUCAAUCCUAUAUGAGAGAACAAACAGAUGUUUGCAGUUUUGUAAGCCUCCGUGAUGUAGAGAGAACCAUCAAAAGUUAUAAAUGGUUUUACCAACAACUUCAAACUCUAAGUCCUUUAAUUGAUGAGGAAAAGAAGAAACUUUACAAAAGAGCCAAUCCACUUCCCAAUGAGUUGCGCGCAUUAGUUCUUGCCCUCGGCAUGUGCUACCACACCACAUUACCUGAGAGACAGGAGUAUCGAGAAGCAGUAACUCAAUCCAUUUUUCAAGCAGGAGGUAAAAUUAAUGCUCCAACCAUGCUUCAAGAAAUUGUUGCCUGCCAGAAUGUCUUCAUUAAUGAGAUAGAGCUGGAAAAGGAUAUCGCUCGCAAUGAAGCUCUGAGAGAAAAUGUCUUCAUGAUUAUUACUUGUGCUGAAAUGAGAAUCCCUUUGUUUCUUGUAGGCAAACCUGGCAGUUCUAAAUCGCUUGCAAAAACAACAGUGGCGGACGCAAUGCAAGGUGGAAAUUCAAAGAAUCCGUUUUUUCAGAAGCUUAAGCAAAUUCAACUUUUCUCCUUUCAGUGCAGUACUGUAUCUGAUGCUGUAGGGAUAGAAAAGUUGUUCAAUCAGUGUGUUCAGCUGCAGAAGAACCAAGAUCUGGACCGAUAUGUAGCAGUUGUUGUCUUGGAUGAAAUAGGUCUUGCAGAAGACUCCCCGAAAAUGCCGCUGAAAGUUUUACAUCCCUUGUUGGAGGUUGGAUCAACAGAAACGGUUGGAUUGGAAGUCCCACCGCACAAUCAAGUUGGUUUCGUCGGAAUCUCAAACUGGGCACUUGAUCCUGCCAAGAUGAACAGAGGAAUAUUUGUUACAAGAGGAAACCCAUCCAAUGACGAUCUUUUCAAAACCGCAGAAGCAAUUUUUAAAUCAGACAAAGAGAAAAUGGGGGAAGUGAACAAAAAUGUCAAAGCUCUGACUACCGCUUAUCUGGAAAUUUAUAAAGAGCAAAAGAAAGAGUUUUUUGGGCUUCGAGAUUAUUACAGUUUAUUGAAGAUGAUGUUUGCUAUUCUGUCUGAUAAAGAAAGCUUAUCGUUUAAAGAUAUUGGACGACUGGUAAUCAGGAACUUUAGUGGCAGUAAGCAAUCUACCUGGAGUAAGCAAUCUACCUGGGAGGUAUUUGAAAAACACCUUUCCCAGCUGUAUGAAAGAACGUACAAGCCAAGAAUUUCUGUAGAAGCUUUAAUACAAGAGAAUCUCAAUCAAGAUAAUGAAAGUCGAUUUUUGCUGCUUCUGACCAAACAAUAUUCUGCAGUAAGUUUGUUAAGUCGAGUAAUGGGAGAUGUGAAAGAUUUUCAAGUAAUCUUCGGUUCAAGCUUCCCCAGGGAUCAUGAUUACACUGAAGUGUGUAGAAAUAUCAACAGGAUCAAAGUGUGCAUGGAAUCAGGAAGAGCAGUGGUUUUACUCAAUCUUAGAGAUCUGUAUGAAUCUCUCUAUGACGCACUUAACCAGCACUAUGUUACCUUUGCAGAUCAGCGCUAUAUAGAUCUUGGUCUUGGAGGUCACAGAGUCAAGUGCAGAGUUGCGAAAGGAUUUAAAUUACUGGUAAUUGAGGAGCAAGAUAUUGUUUACAAUGAGUUUCCAAUUCCUUUGAUCAAUCGGCUGGAAAAACAUGUAUUUGACAUGCAAAGCAUUCUUAAUAUAGAGCAGCAGGAAUUGGUUAAUGAGCUACUUCAAUGGGUUGCGGAAUUUUCCAGAAUAUCACUACCAAUCUACCCAAGAAAGUCUUUCACUGAACCGGAUGCAUUUAUCGGUUAUCAUCAUAAUACAAUCGCAACUGUUGUUCUUAAUAUGGAAGAUGGUGAACACCUGCGUGAAAACAUUCUUUUGCUUGAACAAGUGAAAAAGGCAUUGCUUCAAUCCGCUUCUAUGGAUGCAAUUUAUCGACUUCCUAAGUCAAAAUCAAAGCGAGAUAGUGGUGCACUCUACAAAAUAUAUGCGGAAGAACAACAGCAUGAUAACUUAUCUGCCAUGCUGCAAAAUGAAAUCCAAAACAAAGCUGUUGAUUCAAUAUCUGUGUUUGAAGUGUCUUCUUUUUCACAGGUACUCAAUGAACAAGACAGACUGAGACUGGAAAGUCAUCUACAGUUGCCACAAAAUCGCAUCAUGUUGCUCACAUUACAACAGUUCCAAACAGAAAGGGAAUAUUCCGGAAGAUUGGAUGAAUUCUUUAAAUUCGCAUCAACAGGUGAUGCCAACCAAGAAGACAGUGUUUUUAUUUUGCUAGUCCAAUGUCCACAGGUGCAGCAACACAGCAACCUCAUCGCUUGUGCCAAGUAUUGCGCAAUGAACAAAGUGAAAGAAAUAAAAGAACAAAUGCUUGAAGUAAAAUCAUCCAUUAUCAUUGCUUUCCUCUUCACUCUUGAACGACAAACUGGAAUUGCUGGGACGAACAAGUCAUACACAAGUUUCCACAGUCGUGAUUGUCAGUCAGUGUAUGUGGAUGAACUGAGACCAGGAAGAGACUUUAUUGCAUCAGCUUCAAAAUUCUGGGAACUUGGUGUCUUGGAAGUUUUGCAAAUCAGUGCGGAGAUUAUGAAUCAAAAUCUAGAUCAGUCAAUCACCCUGUAUGAUGGACCUGCACUUGAUUUAUAUCAACUUUUAAAGGAGAGCAUACCACAAGCCAUUGCAAAACUGCAAAACAAGGAAGCAUCUGUGACCAGAAAUCGUGUUAAAAUCUUGAUGGAGCUUUUGUUUGGAAACAAACUGGUUACAGAAGGUUUUCAAAAAAUUGUCAUGACACACAUCUUUUAUUUGAUGCAAAAAAGAAAAGAUAAACUGGAGCAUGAUGAUUGGGCGAUCCAAGAAGCAUGUUCUCCUCAAGCAUUGCAGGAAGGAGGAACUUUCAGGAAAACUUUGUGGCUUAAACUGAAAAGCUUGGUUGCAGUUGCCAUGGCAAAGGUUAUCAGCGUUACAGAUGUUGACAACAACUUGGACUCAAUUUGUAACGACCAGCAAGAUGAAGGAUUUUUGGACUUAUGGCUUGAAAUAUUUCAGAGUCAGUUCAUACAGAAGAGUCUUUCUUGGCCUGAGCAUUUAAGCAAUGUAAAUUUGGUUAUUUGUUGCCAGAAGGGAUUUGCUUGCAAAUUUCCCUUUAGCAGACAAAUCAUCAAUGAACUGCUUCAACAAUGGAAGAUGGUUAACCAACUUGCAGUAGAUGAUGUUGACAAAAUUGACCGUUUCUUUCAGAAAGUUUCCGGUUCUCCACUCAAGCCAAUACUUGCGAAAGUAACAGAACAUGACGCAAUUAAUAACAUUAAACUAUUCACAAGCGAUCUGGUUCACAUUCUUUAUAAAAUGACAGCUUCAGAGAAAGAAUAUGCAGCUGUGACAGAAUGUAUGCUUGCCCUGUUGCUUGCAAAACGAAAUGCAGCACAACAUCAUCAAAAUGUACUGCUUGAAAUGUUCAUGUCAUUUGUACAUUCAAUGGAAGAGUUGAAACAACUGUCAGAUAUUCUUGAAGUUCAACCUCAAGUUAUAGAUGAUGUUGAACGUUGGACAGAAGAUCAAUCUGAGCAACAAACUGUUGUUGUUCACAUAUCAGCAUUUCAAUCACUUGUUACUGCUCUUGAAAAUGGUGCUCCAAAAAUUGACAAAGGUGAUUUUUGUAAGGAAUGGAAGGAAAAGGUAUCCAAGACAAAACAUGUUGCUAAUAAAAUUCUUGUUAGUCCAUUAAUGCAAACAAGACAUGAAUUAAAGGAAAGUUGGAGAAGAAUUGUUUUUGUUGAAAUGUUUUUGGAUCAACUUAUCCCAAGUGCAACAUUACCUGAAACUGCUCAAAGAUAUUUGGCAACAUUGGCCCCUUUAGCAAGAAGGCUUUGGACUGGUGCAACUAAAAUUAAGGACCUCACCGACAAUCGAUUCCUGAACAUUUUAACAAAAACCCUGCAAGGCUGUGCACAGGAUAUUAAUUUGAAAUUGCUUUGUUCCUGGGAAAAGUUACAAUGCAAGGUUUGCAGGUCGGAUAAAUUAUCAGAACCUGUAAAACUUCCCUGCAAACAUUUAGUUUGCAUGAAAUGUGUUCCAGUGGAAAGUCCAGAAAGAAGUUGCCCAAUUUGUCGAAAAAAGAUUUCUGAAAACCUGGAACUGAAACCGAUUGAGCUGCAAAAUGAUCAAAAGAAAGAACUCAAGCAGUUUGAGGUUGCUUGCCAAAGCUUCUUCUUAGACUACUUGUCCACACUUUGCUUUCCUAACCCGGAGUUAUCAAACCAAGAUGAAUUCAAUCAACCACCUGAUGAGAAGAUCACCAUGGCUUUGGAAAAGUUGGUUAUAUGUGACAAAACCACUCACGAUAUAUCUCCUAUUCGCAAAAGCUUAGACCCGAGUCCAACUGCACGAUCAUUCAUCUUGCAGUUGCUCUUGCGGUGUAAUCCAGUCUCAGUUCAGAAUCAGCUUGAUCGUCAUUUCACGAGCAUGACAAGUGUCUUGGAUAAGAAAAUGAUCAUGGAUAUUUACACUCAGUGUAUACAAGAUAUGCAGCAAAGUCGCGCCACCAUGGAAAACCCAGCAGAGGAGAUAAGUGCCACAUACGCAGCUGAAAUGUUUGAUGAAUGCAAAGAACUAUGCAAGUAUGCCAACAACUUCAAGCAAGUGCAGCACCUAAAUCUUUGUGCAAAAUUGAAGUUUAUUUCAAGGGUGGUUGUGAAUUGUGUCUAUCAUUUGCAAAGUAAGACGGAUAAGUCCAAAAAAUUCAAGGAGUAUCGAGAUAUGGUUACUUUUGUUGGAGCUGUAUGUGCAAACUGUCAACACACAAAGUUCCUUGUCAUGAAACAGUAUAUUAUCAAAACAUUAUGUCGACGAUAUGGAAUGGAUGCAUUUAAUAUCCUCAUUGAAAAUGAUGGUUACAGAAAGUCACUGGUUCCACAGAAUCUACUACCAGCACAAGAUGCUGUAGAAGAAAAUUUGUAUCUUCAAUCCGAUCUCCUGGUGUUGACUGGAGAUAUUUAUAUUCGAACAAAGGCUCUGUUUUUGGACAUAGCACAAGAAGAAGACUUACCAAAUCUUUUCAAAAAGAUCAUUCAUGAAAUUCAACAAGCUCCUGACAGUAUUUUCCAGAUUAUGCUUGCUUUGGCUGUAUGGACUGCACAUGGCAGUGCACCACACCAACUGAGAAAAGCUUCUUAUCAAUACAUUACAGGUCGACUGCAGUCGCAUUUGGCUGGUAAAGCAAGCCAAUAUUUCUUGUCAAAUUUGGCUCAACAAAAAUAUGAGUUUCAAAUCAAAGAGCUUUCACCACAAAUGGCAUACAAAGUCACUGAGCUGGUUAAUCUUAUUGGAGCUGUUGUUUUGAGUAACAAUGUUGGAGUUUUGGAGAAUUUGGCAGACCUUGUUAACAAGCCAGAAAACUAUACUGAUCUUUUCUUACCAACCAUGCCAGCAUCCAACUUUUUCGAAGUUCGAGAUGUAUUAAAAUUGGAGAGAGCUCACAACACUUCCCCCAAAGCCUAUCUCUGUCCAGAAGGUCAUGUUUAUUUUAUCGGUGAAUGCACUAACCCUGUCCAAGAGGGCAAAUGUCCUGAGUGUGGAAAUAAAAUUGGUGGUCGGAAGUAUGGCUUGUUACACGCUGGUAACACAGCUGGUGAGUUGACUGAAGCGUCACAAGCUGGGUAUUUGCUUAAAAAUGCAGCACAGUGUCAACUACCCACUCAAGAAAGAAAGCUGACCAAACUUUCUGUAUGUGCUUUACGAGCUUGUCUUCAUUCAUGCAUGUUGCUUGCAAAUAAGGAGAAGGGCACAAUACAAAGAAUGGUGAAAGUAAAAAGUAAAGAAGAAGCGCAACAUUUCCUUGUUCAACAUGUUUAUAAUGAUAUGCGCAAUCUUGCUACUUGUCUUGGAAGAAGCAUUGAUGAUGCUUUUAUAAUGAUGCAUCAGAUUGUGCACAAAUUUAGAACAUACAAUGCUGGGAACCAGAUCUUGUCACUACGAAGCAUGGCUGCACGAACACAGUGGGAGGAAGCAUUCCAACGGCAAUUCUUCUCACUUGCUUUUCAAAACACAGAUACAUUGAUUAAUGCAGCACAAGCUGUGAUUGUGCAAGUUGGUGAUUUUGCACAAAGGCCUUUGGAAAAAAUUGUUUACGAAUUGAAUCUGAACGGUGAUCUUGAAGAUGGGGUGAUUCCCUGGAACAGCCCAAGUUUAUGGAAUUACCGAAUCCAUGCUGACAUGCUGAAUGUUCGACAGAAGUUAGAAGCUGUGGAUGAAACUGUUGGUGGUGAAGGAUCUAUCUUGAAAGUUUUGCUCAAUGUUGAACAUCUUGACUUGCUUCGAUUCCUUUGUGACUUAUUGAAGGUUCAAGACAUGUUUAUUUCCAGAUAUCGCCAGAAAGUUGAUUUGGGUGACACAGAGAAAUUCACUUUGCAAGAUUUUAUUGAAGACAAUGAGAGUGAUAUUGAAGAUCAAAUUGAACAAUACAUUUCAAUUUGGAACAAGCUACGAAAAGAUUUAGAGAAAGUAGAUCGGUUUAAGAUGCCAAAGUCGUUCUUUGAAUCUGACAUGAAUAUGGAUAGCCCAAUAUCAAUGUGUUUACCAAGUAAACAUGGAAGAGGAGGAUGUGCUCUUCUUUUGGUGGAAUACUUCAUUACGAUGCAAAACACAUUGCUCUUGAAAUGCAGAGAUCUAAUCACACCAACACCCAGUUUUCCUGUGGUUGAUGUUCGUAUGAACAUGGAGAAUGAUUUGAUUUGUAUCGUGGAAUCUCAUGACCUGAUGCCUCUGGUUAUUGCAAACUCCCAGUAUGAGUACAGCAAAGAUGAGAGCGGCACUAAGCAUAACAUCGCAUACAAUUUUGGAUCAUUAGAAAAAAAGGUGAAAGAGAAGUUCAUUUUAAGAAAGAGUUUACUCAAGAUUGAGACAAUACCACAGAUGGUAUAUCCACAGGAUGUGGGCUUGAAAAAUGAAGUGGAAAAAGUGAAUGAAAAAACAACUCAGGUUCCUUUGCCACAAAGAUUAAUUCAGGAUCUCGACACUAAUUUGGAAAAUGCUAGAACAGCAGAUAUUUGUGAAGCUGUUCGAACCAUCACACUUGCAAUCAGUUUCAUUGCAAAGCUUGGAGGAGAAGCUGAACAAGCAAUAUGUGAUUAUGUGGAGAAGGACAUCCUGCUUUCUCCUGAAGAAACUGCAUUGAUUCCACGUACUGCACAGAUAUGUCACACCAUAGCCCUUUAUGAAAGGUUGUCAUGGCAUCGUUCUGUUAGAUUUGUUCUGAACGGUGACAACCCCUUUGAAAAAACUAUCGGCAGUGAAUCCAUGAAAGACAUUGAGGAUGAGAAUUUACUUAAUGAAUUGGAAAGAAGUUUAAUCAACAUGAAUAUUGCUCGAUUUCAAAUUGAACUUAACUCUCUAUUGAUGUGUGGACCAGAUAUGACUCCAAACUGGGGGCUUGGUGAAACACUGAAGCCAUACCUGGAAGGAAAGUAUGAUGAUGUAGAUGUAAGUUGGUGUGAUCAUAUUCCAGCUGAUAUCAUGUGUGAGCACUCUGCUCAUGUAUUCAGGAUCACAGUGAGGAUGUAAAUACAAUGACAAUGAUUUUUAUUCCAUGAUUCUUUACUAUGCUUUUUAUGAUGUUUUGUGAAUAAUUUCUUCAAUGUUCCAUUCUGUGUCAAUUGUGAUUUAAACAUUUUGCUAUUUCGGGAUAACUUUGAAAUAAUGAAUCAAAAUAUUUCUGUAAAAGUUCAAUAAUGUUUCUUAUGCACUCUGGUAGUAUUUUAAAUGCAUAAUUAUUUGCCUUGAAUGUUUGUAUAAAUAAACGUAGAACAAAAA